GAACAAAAGUAAAGUGAAAAGUGCUCCAAAAAAUUAGAAUUGAAGCAACAGUACGUUGCUUGUUGCACUGUGAUAAAAGCAACGUUUCUUUUAUUGUAUAUUAAUCAUAAAUUAUGUGCUGAAUCGUAGUUGGUAGUGGCGAGAGUUGGAAUCAGCUGGAGAGUGAACAUACGUAUAAUAACAACAACAACAGCAGCAGCUGGUGUGUCUCUACAAUUGCAGCGUCAUGUUUGGCUUCGAUGGUGAAUAUCGUGUACGGCGGCCAGUGCAAAGCCUUGGCGGCGCCUCAACAAGCUGCGACCGUGAGACAACGAUACGCAAAGCGGCAUUGGAGCGCCAAAAACGCAACGAGCUGCGCCAGAAAGCUAACGGUGCUGUUGUCCUACAAUCCUACGCACGCUCAUUCAUAUAUAGACAGCGGCGCAAACGCGCUGAGCGUGAAGCGUUCGAUGCCUAUUUACAUGCCCAUCGCGACAGACUAACCGAGGAUGAGAGUUUGUGUUUUCUGCUGCGGCGUCUUAGCUUCUUCUACAGCAGUCGCGUGGCCAAGGACAGCGAAAGAUUGAUUGAAAUCUGUCAGCAAAUUCUGCGUAAUCCCGCUCGCCUGUUGCAGCAUUCAGCAUCGGACUCGGUGUGGCUGCUGCGCGUUUGCAAACUGCUGGACGCGUGUCUGCUGCAAUUGUCGCUGCCACAUAGCGCGCAGGCCAUACCGCUGCGCAUGCUGGAGACUUUUACCACUGUGGCGGCUGUGGAGCGUUUUGUGGAGGAUGAGACGCUGCUGUACAAGUAUUUGGAGCGUGUGUUUGGCUUUCUCAUAGCACGCAACUAUUAUCAACGCUUGCGCUUGCUGCUCGACGAGAAGUGUCCACCGCUGGACGGUGAGACGCUGCAUGCGCCUAGUCCUUUAGCUGAUGCACUGCUGCAGCUGCUGCUGCGACCGCUGGCCGUGGCCAAGCGACUGCCAGCUGGGAUGCAUACACAGCUGUUUUGCCGUAAAUUCAUAAGCGAUAUAUUGGCCAUGCCGUAUACGGAGUCAAUACGUUUCUUUGUGCUGCCUUGUCUGGCUGAGAGCGCAGACUUUCCAUUUGCGCUGCUUAUGCAGGCGCUGCUGGCGCAACUGGAGGCGAGCACGGCGAGCGCAGCGGCUGCAGAGGCUACUAUGUUGGAUGAGGCUCAACGCCAUAUUAUGUUCUAUGGUGCUAAUCCAGUGGGCGAUGCGUCACAAUGCAAAACACAAAAGCGCGACACUUUGUUUACUUCCUAUUUGCUGAACUCGCUGCUGGUGUUGGAUCGCAAGCAGUUGGCCUCUCUAACGCAGAGCAGUCUGCUCAUAGUCUAUGUGCGCGUUAUAGCGCAAAUGAUGCCCAAUAUAUUGCAAUUGCCCAAGUCCACGCUGCGCUCGCUUGCGACGCCACAUCGCCAUACAGACUCCGAUGACGACGAUGAGGAUACAGAGGAAUCCGACGAGGAGCUGGAUGCCGCUCACACUUUGGACUAUGACAUGGGUCAAACUUGCCGCACGAAUCGUGAGCUGAGCAGCAAGGAGCGCGCUUGUCUGCUCGAGUCCAUUGGCAUCUUAAAUGAAACAGAGCGUGUGGAAUUUAUAGUGCAGCAAAUCGAGCCACACAUCGAGCAUGGCUUGCUGCUCUAUGCGCUCUGCGAAAUCUGUCACAAUCUAAUGAUCUACAACAAGCAUGCAGUGUUUGAAUAUAGAUUGCUUUAUACUUUGGCCUUUACGCCCAAGUUUAUACGCGCUGUUUGGUUUAAGCUGGCGCUGGAGUCCACGCAGCUCGGUUUCUCCGCUCCAUUGACGCUUAUCUCCAAAGGGGUUGUGCCCAAGCCUCAAGGCGUGGAUCGCACCAUACCCUUGCUGGCGACCUUCUGCAUGCUCUUUGGACGCCUCUUGCCCACACUGCAUGAUGUGGAGUUUGUUGAGAGCAAACUGCUGGUGACACCGACAAUACAACAUGUGCGUUUGAUGCCCUUUUCCAUAGCGGAAAUUGUGCAAAUGUCCAAGACGCUCAAGGAAAUCAGUCUGGGACUGGUGGAGCUCGCCUUUCGCAGCGUUCUAAGUCACACGGAUGCGGAUGACAAGCAGCUGCGCUCACAGAAACAAGUCUGGGCUAAUUUGUUGAAUGUGGUUGUGUUUGUGCUAAAUCAAAUACAUACACGUGAUUUGCGUUUGGGCUUUUGUCCGGAGGGCCAUUGGACAGUGAGUCGUUUGGAUUUGCCGCUGGACAGACCCACAGACUUGCCGCUCACCCACAGCAGUCGCAUGCGUGGCAUACGACCCUUCCAGCCCAUCAGAGAUUUUACGCGCGAGGACUUUGAGAAUGGUCCACCCAUGUCAACCAAACAAAAACGGUCCAUAACUAUAUUAAGAGAAAUACCAUUUGUGGUGGCGUUCAAUAAGCGUGUGAGCAUACUUCAGGGACUGGUGGCGGCCAACAAGAUGCGUGUGCAAGGACAUCUACAGGCGUUCCUACAAGGUCCAUCCAUAGUGCUUACUGUGCGGCGCUCACAUUUGUAUGAGGAUGCCUAUGACAAGCUGCGUCCGGAGAAUGAGCCUGAUUUGCGUUUAAAGUUUCGCAUACAGUUUAUAUCCUCGCUGGGACUGGAUGAGGCUGGCAUUGAUGGCGGCGGCGUUUUUCGUGAAUUUCUAUCGGAGCUUAUUAAAACUGCCUUUGAUCCAAAUCGUGGCUUCUUUAUGGUCACUACGGACAAUAAGCUGUAUCCUAAUCCCAACGUAGCAGAUCUUUUUGGUGACUUUGAAAAGCAUUAUUAUUUCAUUGGACGCAUUCUGGGCAAAGCCAUUUAUGAGAAUUUGCUGGUGGAGCUGCCGCUGGCCGAAUUCUUUCUCACCAAGCUGGCAGGCAAAUACUCCGACGUGGACAUACAUCAGUUGGCCUCACUUGAUCCCGAACUUUAUCGCAAUCUGCUGUAUCUGAAGGAUUAUCCAGGCGAUGUAAGCGAGCUGAAUUUAGAUUUCACCGUAGCCAGCAGCUCGCUGGGUCAAACGCAAAUUGUCGAGCUUAAGCCGCAGGGUCAGAGCACACCGGUGACCAACUCCAAUCGCAUUGAGUACUUGCAACUGAUUGCCAACUACAAGUUGAAUGUGCAAAUCAAACGUCACUGCAAAGCCUUCCGCAAGGGACUAUCGAAUGUGCUGCCUAUCGAAUGGCUGUACAUGUUUAGCAACAAGGAGCUGCAAAUACUCAUAUCAGGCGCUGAAAUUCCCAUCGAUUUGGAGGAUUUGAAAAAGCAUUGCAAAUAUGGCGGCGAGUACACGCCAGAGCAUCCAUCCAUUGUUGCCUUCUGGGCCGCUGUGGAGGGUUUCGAUGAUCUGCAGCGGCGGCAGCUGCUGAAGUUCGUCACCAGCUGCUCGCGUCCGCCGCUGUUGGGUUUCAAGGACUUGGAUCCUCCCUUCUUUAUACAAAAUGCUGGCGAUAUGGAGCGCCUACCCACGGCCAGCACCUGCACGAAUCUGUUAAAGCUGCCGCCGUUUAAUACAGUGGAACAAAUGCGUGAAAAAUUGCUCUAUGCCAUACAGUCGGGUGUAGGCUUUGAACUUAGCUAAUUACGUAAUACAACUCAACACACACACACACACUUAAACAUACAUAUACUAAAAAAAAGAACACUGCACACACCCACACAUAUCCAGCAAUAUUCACAGACAAUUCCAAUUUACAUUUAGAUGUGUACAUUAUGCUUAAUGUAAGUAACUCGUGUCUCUUAUGUAUAAACAAAAGAAAAUCCAACAAAUUUCGAAGCUUAUGAGGUCUGUUCUGAACAUGUUUUCCUUUUCAGUUCUUUUAUUUCG